AUGGCCUCACCGGCGGAUAGACAGGUCCGUAUCUCGCACGUGGCGGGUCGGUACCUUGUCUUCGAUAUUGACGAUGUCGUUCACAUUCGCCGGCACCAUGGCAUCUGCGCGGUCCUGACGGGUACCAUGCCACAGAACCCGACUCAGAACCUCUUCCUCGGGCUACCUGUUGAGCUGCAUGCCGAGGAGGCCCGACUACUGGUGGACAAAGGCGCUGGUUAUAUCGCUGAUGAGCUUGCCGAACAUUUAUCGCAGCUUACCCUCGCCUCUGACGCGCCGGCGCGUAAAGCAUACCUUCAACACCUCAAGCAGCAGCGCCGCAGCGCGCAACAGGUGUUUAGCGAAGAAAAGGCCAAGGUACAAGCUAUGCAUCAGGACAAGCGCAAGGCUAAGAAGUCGGUCACUCCUCCCGCUUCGUCCUCGGAAGCCCCGGCGGAUACAAGCGAGCGAGAUGCACCCGCGUCCCUCUUUGACACACCUGCUUCCACUCCCGCUACUGUUCACAAUAAAAAAGAAUCUUCCCUUCCUGGCGUGACUCCCACCACCUCCCAACCCCUUACCACCCCACCAUCCUCCUCAUACCCGACCACACCAACACUCAAGAACUACCCCCUCUGCCAGUAUCUCAAUUCCCGUGGGUACUAUACCACGCCCGGCCUCCGGUUUGGCGGCGACUACAGCGUAUAUCCCGGCGAUCCCUUCCGAUACCACGCGCACUACCUGGCUAAUAGCUACGGCUGGCACGAGCAGGUGGCGAUGUUGGAUCUCGUGACUAGCGGGCGGCUGGGCACGGCAGUAAAGAAGGGGUUUUUGUUCGGGGCGGAGAAGCCGGCCGAGGGGGGUACUUCGGAUCGGGGAGAUGGGAAAGAGAAGGAGAAGGAGGUGAGGGUGUUUUGUAUUGAGUGGGCUGGGAUGUGA